AUGACCAGUGGCACAAACCCUUCCCAAUCUUUCCGAAAUUCUAAAAUAAGAAUUUCUAGAAAACAGGACAAUUACCUAAAAGAAUUAAAUGAGGACCUGAAAAUAAGAAAACGGGAGUUGAUGGAGAUGCUGAAACCCCUGGAAGAGAAGAAUGGCACCUUACUCCAGAACUUAAUGACUAAUUUAGAAGAAAAACAAAAAAGUCUGCAGAUCAUGAGGCAGAUCAUGGCAGGGAAGGAGGGUGAUUCUGAUGAUUCCAUAGUCCUGGAGAUGAUCAAGGAAGCAGAAGAUCUAAAACAGAACCUGGAAAAAAAAAACAAGCUGCUUCGAAGAGAAAUGGAGUUGCUGUGGAACAAGCAAGCAAUUGAAGAUGAGUAUCGUAUGCGACAGAAAGCAAUGCUACUCAGAGGCAAGGCAGAAAUGCAGGCGUUAAAGGAAAGGCUUCAGAGGGACAAGGAACAGGUCAUUUUCCAAGAGGAUACCGACGAUGUUCAGGAACUUCAUAGUAAAGUGAUUGAGGAGAAGAUUGAAGCUCUGACGAAACCCCAAAAGACAAAUGAUCUGCAAUUAUUAAACUAUUUAAAGCAGAAUUUGGAGACACCUCAAAUUAGCCCCAAACUUCUUAUCACCCCAAGCCAAUCUGUAAACCCAUCAUAA